AUGAGUAUUGAAUCUUGGAAUAAACUCUGCGAUAAAAAUUUUGUAGAGCGUUUUGGCUCACCUGAACCUCAAAAGCAUUUCUUGCGAUUGUCUCAAUUUCGCAAGCAAGGUUAUGAUGAAAACAGUGCAAUAGAAGGAUUAAAGGCUAAGGACAUUGUGCAAUGGGAAGAUACUUAUGAUGAACGAAUUCUCUAUGAUGAUCAAGUGAAAGUUGCAUUUGAGACAUCUCGUGAAAGGUUUAUAGAACUUCGAAAUCAAUCUUUAUUGCUCUUUGGCUUUAAGUCUCGUGCAAAAGAAAUGCCAGAACUUGAAUCAGCUAUAAAGGCAAUUAAUGCAAUUGCUGGCAACUAUUGCGGACUUGGUUUUGAUAAUCAAGAUGAAAUAACUAGGUAUUCACGCGAUCCUAUAACUCCAGUUCUUCCACCAUAUAAGCCAAAGAUGACUGGAGAGGUUCAGAAUCUUUUCGAUUCCGUACUUAUUACCAAAAAAACUGCUUCAGAAUGUGCAGAGCACAGAAUCUCUGACUUAUCUAAUAAUGUGAUUUAUGAAAAUUCUUUAUCCUUGGAGGUACCAACUCAAAAUCAUCCAAUUGAUCCAGAUAGAAUGGAAUGUCUCCAUCAAUAUGCUAUUGAGCUUGGGGAGGAUCCAGAACAAUUUUCGAUCGUUACUGAGUCCGAGAAAAAAAUGUGGGAUGGAAAACGUUUCUGUGAUAAAUUGGAAAGAGAUAUGCGUUUUUAUCGUCAUGCUGUAAAGGAAGGAUUAGAUCCUAAAAAAUGCUCGAAAUUAACAGAUCAGGAUCGGAGAGUUAUUGCGUCACUGUAUACUAGAAAGUGGAUUAAGUACCGCAUGGCUUGA